AUGAGCCAGUUUUCGCGGGGCCUUAGUGCCCGGCUCACCUGCGAGACAUGUAAACGACGCAAGGUUAAGUGUGACAAGCUCCAUCCCUGCACGAGCUGCCGCAAGGCCAGUAUUGAGUGUGUCCCUGUGGAGCGGACUCGGCUUCCGCGGGGGCGUUCGGCGAAGACGAAGAAGAAUAAGCGCUUUCGGGAGGAAAUGAUAUCCCGUGUCCAAACACCGAAUCUAGCAAACCGCGUCUCAAUGCUCGAGGGACUGGUUCAUACCUUGCUUAACAGCCAGACCGAGUCUUGUCUCGAGGAUCUAGAUUACGGCGGAUCGCUAAAUGUGGAUUCUAGUGGGAGUGGUGCGGAUACCCUGGGCCCAGGCAAUCCGUCGCUAGAUGGUGCUCUCCAGCCAGCGGGCUGUCAGUUUGACGGCUUCAACUACCAGAGUACUAGCCCGGAUCAUCAUAUAUCCCCAAACGAUGUGGCGCCCAGGGAGGGCGAUGAUUCUCGCCUGCUUCGAAUCUACAUAAUGCAGGUCGAUCCAAUAUUUCCCUUGUUGCAGUGCUCCUCUCUAUGGGCCCACGUCACGCAAGGAGAGCCAUACCUCACAUAUGCUGCAGACCAUCCUGCUCCAAGGGCUCUGGUCUGUGCUAUCAGCUACAUGACGAUCACUACACUCAGCAAUGACCGAUGCCAUCAAGAGUUUGAUUCCUCUCGUGAUUUGCUUCUUAAUAAGUAUCACAGCUUGACUAAGCGUGCUCUCGAACACGCCGAUUAUAUCAAUACGGACGAUAUUACUGUCUUACAAGCCUUUGUGCUGUUUCUGGUAUCGAUUCAAGCUCAUGACCAGAGCCGAAGGGCAUGGACAAUGCUAAGUCUAGCGCUACGGAUUGCCCAGUCGCUCCUCCUUGACAUUUCCGACCCGCCAUUCACGGUGACGCCAUUAGAACGUGAAAUGCGCCGCCGUCUGUGGCACAUAAUAUCGUUGCUAGAUGUUCAAGCCUCCUUUAACCAUGGUUCUGCGCCAAUGCUUCAGCCUGAUUGUCUUAGGGCACAGAUCUUUCCGGCAAUAGACUUUCUUGAUUUCUUUGCACCACCUAAGGAUAAUAGCUCGCCUUUUCCUGGGCCAACCUCCCUCGGAGACCCAACCUUUAUCAUGGUUAUGGCCGAAGCACAGCAUGCAUUCCGCUCUCUGAAUCUGUCCAGGAUCGCAGAUCUGUGUAUGACCAGUGUUGACAUCCAUUCUCGCCUGCAAAUCGCUGCUGCCUUUCAGCAAAAUUCUCAAGCACUCCUAAAGGGAUUGCUCCCAGAUAAAACCCCUUUCGACUUGUUCCUGCAACAACUUGUGGAGGUUACCCACGCUUUCCUACAGCUGGUGGCUGUAAAGCCUGUGCAGGGGACCGCCAAGGGCUACUUCUCUCAGGAUAUCAUAUCCCCAACCACCUUGCUCUCGUUAGCAACGAAUUUCCUGCAAACUCUCAACAACAUGUACCAGGAUCCCCGGAUCGAGCCCUUCCGGUGGUACGUGCGGUUAUUUGCCCCCUGGCACGCCUUCUCUGUUGCUAUGGACAUUGUAUGUGCUUGUGACGAUAGCUUACUCCAGGGGUACUAUCAGACGCUGGUGGCAGGACUAUAUUCUGAGCUUCAAGAGCUUCUGCAUGAUGCCCACCGGAGAUUGCUCCAGCAGCCACUGCAUCGGUUUGCUAUGCUUUCACAGACCUGCAUGGAUCAGUCUCUGGCGGCUGACUACCUCCCUGAGCUGACUUUUCUGCAGUAUUGA